UCGUUUCUGCCCUGCCCCCUUCGAUACACUAGCAAUCCACAGAGCAAGGAGACUGUGAUCGAUGGACAGGAUGAUGUGCGGUCGCAGCGGCGAGCCGGCGGUGCGCAAGGGGCCGUGGACGCUGGAGGAGGACCUCAUCCUCGUCAGCUACAUCUCCCACCACGGGGAAGGCUCCUGGGACAACCUCGCGCAAGCUGCUGGCCUGAACCGGAACGGGAAGAGCUGCAGGCUGCGGUGGCUCAACUACCUGAGGCCUGGAGUGCGGCGCGGCAGCAUCACGCCGGCGGAGGACGCGGUCAUCCGGGAGCUCCACGCGAGGUGGGGGAACAAGUGGUCCAGGAUCGCCAAGCACCUCCCCGGACGGACCGACAACGAGAUCAAGAACUAUUGGAGGACCAGGAUCCAGAAGAACCCCGCGGUAAAUAGCCCUCAACAAUCGUACCGCGCGCCCGCGACGGCCACGGCCGUCAGCGAGGGCGCGUCGUCAUCGGCGUUGACAAGCCAGGACUGCUCCACCGCCGGGGACUGGUACAUGCAGCCCAACACCGAUCAGAAAGCGUACUGCCAGGAAACCAUGGUCGUCAGCGAGGGCGCGUCGUCGGCGUUGACGAGCCAGGACAGCUGCACCGCCGGAGACGGGUACAUGCAGAUGAGUUACCCCUACUACUCCAAGCUGAGCUCCCUCACCGACCACGUCGAAAUGGACGCGCUGACGACGCAAUUCUUCUCGUCCGAGUUCGGCGACAGCUUUUGGAACGUCGUCGACAACUUCUGGGAGACGAUACCGGUUACAGAUGCAUUCUGA